AUGCUUAACGUUGAUAAGAAGAUCGAACUGAAUGGAAGUGAAGCUGAGGUGGCGUGUCCUGUUGGUUUAAACAGCAGUACACAUAGGCUCGUGUUGGCUUUGCUGGAGGAGAAGUUGAAGCUGGAGGAGAAACACGCCAUGAGCUCGAGUUUUGAUGUGAAAGGAGCUGUAAAGGAAUAUCUCAAGACCAUCACAGUCAAAGAUGAGUUUUGUAUCGACAGUCUUCACAGCAAGGUGGAGUUUAGCCGGGUUUGGUUGAUGUUCAACAGCGAUACAAGUGUGAUUCAAGGCUGA